UCCACUGCUCUAGAUUCAUCGCAGACGAUAAAUUUCUUUCAAGUGAUCAACACUUCUUUGCCCCAUAAGAAAUGUUUGCGAUCAAACUCCUUUUAGCACUCUCAUUGUUACUCGUUGCGAUUCUCACGUUUUUUCUUGCAAUUUCUCGAGUGGAUCCACUCCCUGCUGCCUGGAAUCCAGCUCCAGAGCGCCAGGGGAUCUACGCUGCAAAUGCCGCGCUCCAGCGGGUCGAGAAGAUUGGGGUUGGGUUUUUCUCCGGAGCCGAGGAUCUGGCUGUGGAUCAAGAGGGCCGGAUUUACUCCGGUGGGAAGGACGGAUGGAUCAAGCGAUAUUUCCCCGCGACUGGCAGGAUCGAGAACUGGAUCUACGUGGGAGGGCAUCCUCUGGGCAUGGCGAUUGGGAAAUAUGGGGAGCUCAUUGCCGUGGAGCCGGUCAUGGGGCUCUUGAAUGUGACCGAUGCUGGAGUGGAGAUUCUCUCAAACGAGGCCGAUGGAUUGAAAUACAAAAUUGCCGAUGAAUUGGUCGUAGCUCGAGACAACACGAUCUACUUCACGGAUGCCAGUACCAAAUUCGAUGUCGCUGAUUGCCGGCUAGAUAUUUUGGAAUCGCGACCCAAUGGCCGGAUCCUAAAAUUUGAUCCAUCCUCAAGAACAACAUCGGUGUUGCUCAAGGAUUUGUAUUUCCCAAAUGGAGUAGCGCUGUCACGCGACGAGAAUUACCUGGUUUUCUGCGAGACCUCCAAAGCCAGGUGUAGAAAAUACUGGCUCCGAGGAGAAAAGAUGGGAAGCAUCGAGAAUUUUCUGGACAAUUUGCCAGCGUUUCCAGACAACAUCCAUAUCAACGCUGGUGGGAAUUUUUGGAUCGCCCUCGUAUCGGAUCGUCUAUGGCACAUUGAGCUCAUCUCAAACUCGCCGCUACUAAAGAAGCUCGUCUCUCAUCUGGUGCCUUUUCUCCCGGAUGAAUCGCUACAAUCAGCUAAAGUUUUGGCUGUGGAUCCAGAUGGAAGGCCUCUUGAAUUUUACGAGGAUCCGACCGGAAAAGAAAUGGCGUUUGUGACAUCUGCUCUCCAAGUUGGAGAUCACCUCUACCUGGGAAACUUAGCAAAGAGCUACAUUGGAAGGAUCAAGUUGUCCUCGAGAGAGAAAGGGACAAGAUUCUCAAUUUAGCAGAAUAGUUUUAAGCUGGAAAACAAGAA